UCGUCGGAUUAUUGUAUUAGUUCUUUUCUUGAGUUUUCUGAAGUGGAUACAGAUAAAAAGGAAUCACGAACGAAUUUUCUAGAAGUCUUAUCUGACGCGUUCAACAUGGAAACCGCUUUAGCACUCAUUUUAUUUGCCUGUGUUGCUUUAAGCACCGGGGAAUACUCCCCAGACCUCAUUCCCGUACCUGGAGGCAUGAGCGGGACUGGAUUCACUACAGGAUAUUGGGACUGCUGCAAACCAUCAUGCUCUUGGAGGGAAAACCUCAGAAACACCUCCGCCGACCCCGUUACCUCCUGCGCAAUCGAUGGCGACACUGUCCUCGACCCGGGAGCAAUGUCCAACUGUGGAGGUGGUCCCUCUUAUAUGUGCUCCAACCAACAACCCUUCGUGGUGAACUCAACCCUUGCCUACGGCUUCACAGGCGCCUCUUUCACAGGGAAGGUCGACUACCAGCUGUGCUGCGGCUGCGUACUUCUUUCCUUCAUAGGAGAGCUGUCCCACAAGAAAAUGGUGGUGCAGGUGACCAAUACUGGAGCUGAUGCAGCUGUCAACCAGUUUGAUCUUGCUCUUCCAGGAGCAGGCGUGGGAAUCAACAACGGAUGCAUUUCCCAGUGGAAUGCUCCUCCUGAUGGCUGGGGUAAAAGAUACGGAGGAGUCGAUACUGAAGCUGAGUGCUCCCAGCUUCCUUGGCAACUCCAGGAAGGGUGUCGUUUCAGAUUUGAGUUCAUGGAAUCAGUUCCUGUUCCCAAAGUCAACUUUGUGCAGGUAGAGUGCCCGAAGGAGAUAGUUGACAGAUCUCAUUGUAACUUGAAGUAGUAGAUUGGAUUGUUGUGGAGUCAAUGAGAAGCUUCAAUGAAAUUUCGUAACAAUUGACAUUGAUUUCAUGUGCUGUAAUGAUGAAUUGUAAAUAAAAUGAAUUUUAUCAAA